AUGAAUUCCAAAGUUUACAACGCUCUCUGCGCAGCCUUCGCGCUCGCCUAUCUACUUGCCCCAGCUCUCCUAUUCAUCCCUGUGAUGUUAUGGGAGGCUUCUCCUUUGCCCUCUGCUUUUUGCAUGGCCAAACCUGCAAGACGAAGACGACCCUCUAUGAUGGGUGUGGGUGCAACCCCAUUUGUUGACGCGAGAUUAGACGGCGAGAAUCAAGUCGAAGCUCACAAAAAUGUGAUGCCUCAGACGAUCCUUGGCAUCUUGUCAAACUGGCUAGGCUCUUUGUGUUCUAUUGGUUCGCAAACAACGGGAGAACCCUCAGGUAGCUUGUUGAGUAAGCGCCACGGAGGUAUCCCAGGGCAUAUGUCCGUCAAUGAUUCCUCUUCGGAGGCGGAAUGCGUUGUUUGUGUAGGAGAGUCGAGCGUGUUCUUUGGAGCAGGGCUUCGGGGAUAUGUCCCUCACCUCCUUCCUUUGCACGAGUUGGGACGUGGCAUCGCUACAAUGGUGUUCCCAGUUAACGGCGUGGCUGGUACCUGUGGGGAAACCCAUGCAGACCUCGACGAGGGUGUGUCGAGUGAGUUUGUAGACGAAUGCGAUGAAGCUGAGGUCAGCGCACGACUCAGAUUCAUCUGUGACAAAUUUUUCUCAGAGGGUUUUGCAAAGCCAAGACUCUCUGCUAGAUUUCUUGACGCGAUGCUGGAAGAGGAGCUCAGCGACUCUGCCAACAAAGCUCAUCGCGACUCAUUGACUGAAGUCGCUGAACCAGAGUGCGGCUUGGCUACCAAGUCAGCUGAGGAGACUCUUGUUCAAAGACAAGAGUCCGUUCAGACCCCAUCGGGUUUGAAUAAUGCUGGCUUAAAGGAUCCAAAGCCAAAGUCUGGAACAGUGGAGGGUCUCCAUGAGGCCUUCGCUCUAUCGUCUUGGCAAUCAGCCAAUGGAUUUUUUGGUGAAUGUCUCUCCACAGGACUUCCCACACCGAUGGAGAUUGACGACGACCUGGCUUGGUGUGAAGUCGUGGAAGUUGAAGAUCCUAUGGAGAUUGACGAUGUUGUUGUUGUUGAGGUGAUGGUGCCUGAUGCCGAUUGUGGCGAAGAGCUCGUGGCCCACACCUGCAAUCCGGCGGUUGACGAUUUGCAGCACUUCUCCCAGUCUGUAAAGAAGGAUUGCGAUACGAACAAGAUUCCAGCCUGUGUCCCGCAGCAGGCUGCAGACGAUAAGAUGGAUGAAGACACAAAAAAGAUUGUGCUACCUGGAACAUCCUCUCAGAAGAAGUACAAUGUACCCAGCCCUAGACGCAAGGAAGGUGCCGACGAGGUCAAGGGUAACAGAGAGUAUCCAAUGGCGGUCUCCAGACCAAAAGAGGAGUACUCGAUGAUCCCUCGGCCUGCCAGUCAAAAGGCCAUUGAUGAACCAAAGGCCUCUAAUGAAGGAUCGAAAAUCAAGUUGGCUUCGGCCUCUUGUGAUCGUCCUUCACAGCUGCCUAAGCCACUCUCUGGCCUUCGCACCGAGAGGCCAAGGCUUUUGUCGAAUUUUAUCUGGGAGGCGUCUGGACCUUCUACAGCAGCCAGCUGUAACAAGGGAAAGGCUCCAAGCAAAGAAUUCAAGACACAAGGGCAAGCCAUUACUCCAGCUGCCAAUUAUUCUAUUCCUGUUGCUGCACCCAGCAGCAAGAAAGUGAAGACUUCUGGAAGUGGUGCAGCUAAAGCUGAGUUCAAGGCACCUUGGCAAAUAACUCCCCCGGCUGCCAAGCCUUCUACUCCUGUUGUUGCACCCAGCAGCAAAAAGGAGGAGAAUGUCAAGGCAGAAGAGUCAGAUCUUCCUGCUGCCCCCAGCAGCAAGAGAGUGAAGACUAUGGGCGCUUCCAAGGAGUCUGAUCCUAUUGCUGCAUCCAACAGCAAAGAGGAAAAGUGUUCUGAGGCAGUAGAGUCGGAUCUUUUUUCUGCACCCAGCAGCAAGAAAUCAUUCCCAACUCGCAAUCCUGCGUCAAAGCCGGCAAAGUCUUCGAGUAAUAGAGGAAAAGAGGAUCCAAAGAGCCUAUUGAAGUAUGUGCUCCGAUUCAAAGGCGAUCCAACUGUCAACAAGGAAGGUGUAGUGAAAGAAUCUGCGGAGCUGAUGAUUCCGAAAACUUGGACAAAUUUUUGUUGCCCUGUACGCUUCACCAAGCGGACAUCUUGUCGGUCGGUUGGCCCUGGAGCCAAGCCGAUGCGGUCGGAACCAAAGGUCGAUCCUGAAGCUUCUGGUAAGCUUUAUGGUGACACUGGAAUUCCGAGACCUUUCACAGUACUUUUCCUUGGGACUAUCUGCGUGGUGAUUCACGCUGGGUCUCUUGGUUAA